AUGAUGUGAUUCCUUUUCUUAAGGGUAACGUGGCCUCAGCCGUUACACUUCCAGCCGUCACUUUCCUGUCCACCGGAGCUAACUGGCUUAUCACCGCCUACACACUGCCCACUGGUUCGUCUGACAGCCUCAACAAACCGCCCCCUCCCUCCCUCACCGUGGAGAUGUUGCUGUCUGUAGAUGACAGCAGACCUGAAGGACCCAAGCAAGUGGCUGUGUGACUCUUAGCAAAAAGUAGAUAAGCGAGAAAAGAAGCGUAAUAUCUCGUAAGUUUGUUUGCUUUGCUUUGCUUCGUUCGGUCGUCGGUUCGGUCAUUUUUUUAUUUUUUUUUUAAGCCGCGAAGCUUUAGCCAAGAGAGCAAGAAGGCAAUUGACGACGCUAACGCUGUUAGUUUUAACUCAACCCAGAACCGGCUUCUUCCUCCUCCUCCUCGGCCUUUCGCCUUUCCAGCAACAGGAUCGAUAUCACUUGGAUGCGAUGACAGACGCAGUUGUGGACAGCAAAACGGAGGUCAAACAAGGCACGAAAUAUGUCAAAGAGACCGAAAACGUUGCGGAAAAAUAUUCCGCGUUGACUGUCAGCAAAAACAGCAGUGAUGUGAAUAUGAACGUUGGAGAAAUGCCGUCCGCAGCGUUCACCGCAGUCCCCACACUGAAAUCCGUCAAGAAGAUCCAGUUUGCAAAUACAGAGGACAAACAGGAAUUCAGCAAGUACCCGACCAAGGCAGGCCGCCGCUCGCUCUCACGGUCCAUCUCGCAGUCCUCCACAGACAGCUACAGCUCAGCCGCAUCCUACACUGACAGCUCCGAUGAUGAAACCUCUCCCCGCGACAAAGCCCAGGUCAACACCCAUGGCAGUGCCGACUUCUGUGUGAAGAACAUCAAACAAGCUGAAUUUGGGCGCCGAGAAAUUGAAAUUGCAGAACAAGACAUGUCUGCCCUGAUCUCCUUGAGGAAGAGAGCCCAGGGGGAGAAGCCACUGGCUGGGGCAAAGAUAGUAGGCUGUACCCAUAUCACUGCUCAGACAGCAGUCCUGAUUGAAACCCUGGUAGCACUUGGGGCCCAGUGUCGCUGGACUGCUUGUAACAUCUACUCCACUCAAAAUGAGGUGGCUGCUGCUCUUGCAGAGACAGGGGUACCUGUGUUUGCAUGGAAGGGUGAAUCUGAGGAUGACUUCUGGUGGUGUAUUGAUCGCUGUGUCAACACUGAAGGCUGGCAGGCCAAUAUGAUCCUAGAUGAUGGUGGAGACUUAACCCACUGGGUUUACAAGAAGUAUCCCAGCGUCUUCAAAAAAGUCAGGGGUAUCGUAGAGGAGAGUGUCACUGGUGUCCACAGAUUAUACCAGUUGUCGAAGGCUGGCAAGCUGUGUGUGCCUGCGAUGAACGUGAACGACUCAGUUACCAAGCAGAAAUUCGACAACCUUUACUGCUGCCGUGAAUCUAUCCUCGAUGGCUUGAAGAGAACCACAGAUAUUAUGUUUGGAGGCAAACAAGUGGUUGUGUGUGGUUAUGGAGAGGUGGGGAAAGGCUGCUGCACUGCUCUCAAAGCUCUUGGAGCCAUUGUGUGCAUCACAGAAAUUGACCCCAUCUGUGCUCUGCAAGCAUGCAUGGAUGGUUUCCGAGUGGUCAAGCUGAGUGAGGUCAUUCGGCAGAUGGACGUGGUGAUAACUUGCACUGGCAACAAGAAUGUCGUUACCAGAGAACAGCUCGACCGAAUGAAGAACGGCUGCAUCGUCUGCAAUAUGGGGCAUUCCAAUACUGAGAUUGAUGUGGCGAGCCUGCGCAGCCCUGAGCUGACCUGGGAGAGGGUUCGCUCUCAGGUUGACCACAUCAUCUGGCCUGAUGGAAAGAGGGUUGUCCUGCUGGCAGAAGGUCGCCUCUUAAAUCUGAGCUGCUCCACAGUGCCGACAUUUGUGUUGUCUAUCACUGCAACAACUCAGGCCCUGGCACUGAUCGAGCUGUUCAAUGCUCCAGAAGGACGUUACAAACAGGACGUGUAUCUCCUUCCCAAGAAAAUGGACGAGUAUGUGGCCAGUUUGCACCUACCAAACUUUGAUGCCCACCUGACAGAGCUGACUGACGAGCAGGCCAAAUACAUGGGCCUCAACAAGAAUGGCCCUUUCAAACCUAAUUAUUACCGGUAUUAAUGAGAAUGCCUGAUCCUCAACGCACAGUUACCCUGCGAUAAACAGAGAUAUCUAUUUUAUUUUCUAAAUAGCAAGGAGGAAUUAUUUUACUUAUGCUGAAUGUAACUUAUUAAAAGCACCUCAGAUGUAGUGUUAAAUGCUAAAAAUAAGAGAAUAAGACAUGUAGAGAACAUAUAACCAACUAACAUUUUACAUGUCUUGUCAGGUGUUUAAAGAAAAGCCUGCUUGCAUGCUUUGAUGUGUGUGUACGUAUUUAGUUGCUUCUUAUUAUGUUACUAAGAUCACAGAGUUGUUGAUUUGUUUACCCUAUUUACGCACAGUGCCAAAAGAUGGCUGCAAGAAUGAAACCCGAGAUACCAUUUCCAUUUAGUCUGUCAGUGACAUUAAGAUUUGCUGAGUACAUUCCAUGAGCCAGAGUUUAGGCUGAGCCAACACAAACUCUGUAUUACUGCUUGCAUUAUUUUAAAAUGUUUUUUUUUUAAUAAAUGUAAUCACUUUGAAUGGUAUCUGCAUACAUGCCCUAAAAGGUAACAUCCAGCCAUCCUUUUUAUUAUAACAGUGCUGUGAUAAAAUGGUGCUUGUUACAUAAACAAUAUGAUGGAGUCUUGCUUAUUAAAAUGAUUAUAAAGCAUCUACUAUAAACAGCAACGUAAUUUUGCUAGUAAUAGAUUAAGAUGUUUUAUGUCUGGGUAUGGAGGAGCUGGAAGCUUUCCUAAAAAGGAAGUUGGAGAAGGCUUACAGAGAGCCGGGAAAACACUUUUUGACUCCUUCAUCUUCCCUCAUUUCAUACCAGAUUUCCAUUUGCUCACUUGAAUUCCAAAUGCCUCACCGAGUUUCCUGACUGGAUAAUACCUUUGAGGUCGUGGUAUGAAUGUGCCUUUUAAAUGAUGUAGAACAACUGAAUAUUAGCAUUGACCUUAAUUAUAGGAAUCAUUACUUUUUGUAAAACUGCACUUAUUAGCAGUACAUUAAUUGUCUUCCUUCCACUGCUUUUGGUUGUAAUUGUAACUAUAAUGUAUGAGCUGUGUGUUGGCAAAAAAACAAAAAAUAUAUAUAUAUAUAUUAGAUUUCAUGUCAGGCAUAUGAUUGUAGCUGUCUUAAUUUGAUCCAAUAGGAUCACUUAAAUAUUCCAUGUGAUUAAAAUGACAUAAGUGUAUACAAUGUAUGUAAAUGACUGCAUUAAAAUCAGCAAUAAAGCAAGUC